AUGUUCUCAGUACCCGAGAACAUGCAGGACCUCCGGGCCGAGCUCUUCAAUAUAGGUGGAAAUGGGGCGACUUUGACUCUUCCGAGCCAUCAGCUCAAAGCGUUAUGGCCAUUCUUGGACAAUAUCUAUAUCUUGCGAACCCAGAAGACGAACCCACGCCAAUUGACCACUUCGUACCUGCGAUGCCGUCUAUGGCCGGCCAAGCCCUAUCCGGGCGCAGUGACCGAUGAGAACAGGAAGCGAAAACGCGCCGCCCACAAGGAGAUCCACGGCUGUCCCUGCAAGGUCAAGUUUGUCGAUGAUGGUCUGGUUACCUGCGUCUCUCGCACCAGCGUCGAUGGACAUAAUCAUGACUUCGAAGCAAUUGAGAAAAAGAUCCCCAGUGGGGUGCGGGAGCUCGCCGCACAGGAAGUCGCCAAGGGCUACACCCCGAAAGAGGUGAUCAGGAUCCUGAGGAACCCGGAGAAUGGGAAUUUGAAAGCCCUGCAGCUCGCGGGCGGCUCACGCAUCUCCGCCCAGGAUGCUUUCAAUGCGAGCAAGUCUAAGGCACGCCCCCAUUCGGAGCGAUCGACCCCGCUAAGUCCAGCCGCUCGGCAGAACUGGCAGGUCCAGUUCUUCACGACGUCACCGGCCAAAAUCUCCGCCGGAGAACAGCUUCCACCACCAGUACCUCCUGCUGCACCAUUUCCAGAGCCUCCUCCACCAUCGAAUGAGCCCACCUUUGCGGUGUUGAAACCAGUCGCGUCGGGUCAAUCCACACAAGCUGCGCCGACUCGCGCGCAGACGGUCUCACUCGCUUGGAUACCUCCUCAAACAUACUGCGGGGAGCCUUACGUUAUGAGGCCGGGGCGGAAGCAAAUACAGAUCCCUCGACCGUUCAGUCAGAUCCCUCGAUAUCCAAUUCUCUACUCCCACCCAUCGCCAAUCCAUCUCCUACCAGUCUUAUCCCACCGAAUAACAUCAUCCAAGCCAUCCCCUCCCGUCGAAUCAUCAGCACCUCGACCCCCGCGCGUUUCCAUCUUCGUCAAGAGAGACGACCAAGCAUCCCCAUUAGCCUGCACGGGGAACAAAUAUCGGAAACUAGAGUACCUCGUCCCCGAUAUCUUCUCCACCGCACCUGCCUAUCAUUACUAUGAGUUCCAUCCUGCCACUGAGCCUCUGCCAGGUCCGGCCACCAUCCUGGUCACCGAAGGGGCCCUUCAAAGCAAUCAUACCGUCCAAGUGGCCGCACUCGCCCGCAAAUUGGGUCUCAAGGCCCUAGUGCUGUUAAAUCGUGACACGGGCGGUGGCUUCAAAACCACUCCUUCGCCCGACACCUUCACCCAAGUUGGUAACCCACAGAUCAACAAACUUCUCGGGGUCGACAUUCGCAUUUCCAAUCCCGACGCCCCAAAAGCGACUGAUGCGCAGACGGUCCUCGAGGAGCUUCGUCAGAGCGGCCACCGGCCCUAUUGGAUCCCCGGUGGCGCAAGCCGACAUCCACUUGGAGGAUUAGGCUACGCGCGAGCUGCUUUCGAGAUUGUCAACCAAGAGAAUGAGAUUAGCCUUGGCGGAUCGGGGCGGUUCGACUACAUUUUCGUCUCCUGUGGGAGUGGCAGCACUGUGGCGGGCCUGAUCGCCGGGUUCAAGCUGCUCGAGAAAAUGCAAUUGAGUUCGGGCCAGCGUCCGACAACGAAUACUACCUUCCCCGCACGGAAAAUCGUCGGAAUUCUGAACUCGCCCACGAAUCCACAAGAAUGGCAUGAGGAACGUGUCUUGAGAUUUGCACGACAGGCCGGGCAACUAAUCGGUCUUUUCAAUCCGAACAUAGAAAUUACAAUGGAAGACGUUCACCUGGACUCCCGAUUUGUCGGGGAAGGCUACGGGGUCAUCGAUGACGAAACUCGUAAAACGAUGUCAAUCAUGGCAGAGACCGAAGCGCUUAUUCUCGACCCGGUCUACACGGCCAAGGUCGUGACGGGGAUGUUGCAAUGGACACAAGGCGAAGUCAUGGCAAACUAUGCUCGGCAGCAUGGUUUGGAAAAUGUGAAUGUUCUAUUCAUUCAUACUGGAGGGCAAGCAGUCUUGCCCGCGUACUUUGACCAGCAUUUGGCGGGACCCAUCGAAUCUUCAUAA